GAGGCCUGGAGAGCCAUGCUAGGUUCUGCUCCCACAGGCAUGGCCCAAAGGCUGUCCUGGGUUGCAUCCGGGACCAAGGGGAAUACUGGAAUGUGUUAGACCAGAACACAGGCGUCCAGACACGGAGCUGGCAGGAGCAGAGCUGGCCUAUUGUCCCUACCCUCCUCCUCUGGCCCAGACUGCCAGCCCUCUACCCCCACCCCGUCCUGUCCAGACCUGAACAUCACCACCUCCUUGCCCUCACGUGUCCCCUGGAGGAAGAGAAGCACCUCACUCAAAGACACCAUCUCAGAUUCCCGCCAGCACCCAGGAUCUGCCUGUCUGAGAAGCUCCCCGUCACGUGCCCAUCACCAGGGGGCCACCUGGCCCUGUGUUGCCAGCCCCCAGCAUGCAGGAGACCCGGACAACAGAGUCUCCGUCGGUCCUAAGCCGGUCCUCAACCUCCACCCAGGACCGGUCUUCCGCUGUGGGCCAAACUUCGAGCACAGGCCCACAGCCCUCAAAGCCCACCCCGAUUAUCCCCCUCCUGGUGAAGUCCACGGGCCCAGGCUCUGGGUCUGGGGUCCGGCGGAUGCGCAGGAUCAUCGCUGAGGACGCUGAGUGGUCGCUGGCCAUUGUGCCCCUCCUCACAGAGCUCUGCAUUCAGCACAUUGUCAAGAACUUCCAGAACAACCCCAUCCUGAAGCAGCUGCUCCCAGAGCAUCAGAAGAAGGUCCUGAACCACCUGUCUCCUGACCUGCCGCUGGCUGUGACCGCCAACCUGAUCGAUGAUGAGAGCUACUGGCGCCGCUGCUGCACGCAGCGGUGGCCCGUGUGCCACGUGGACAAUCACGGCGGCAGCUGGAAGCGCAUGUUCUUUGAGCUGCACCUGGAGAACUUGCUGAAACACUUCAUCCCGAACACCACUGACCCCGCGGUGAUCCUCAGCCUGCUGCCACUCUGCAGGAACUACGUGCGCGCUGUCCGGGUGGAUCAGUUCCUUCCGCCCAUGCAGCUCCCAGCCCCGCCCCGAGGCGGGGAUCAAUCCGAUUCCGGCAGCGAAGGGGAGAUGGAGGAACCGGCCAUGGACCACUAUCAACUGGACGACCUGGUGGCUGGCCUGAGCCAUCUGGAGGAGCUGGACCUGGUAUACGGUGUCAAGGACUGUGGCAUGAACUUUGAGUGGAACCUCUUCCUCUUCACCUACCGCGACUGCCACUCCCUGGCGGCCACUGUCAAGGCCUGCCACACCCUCAAGAUCUUCAGACUGACCCGAAGCAAGGUGGAUGAUGACAAGGCACGCAUCCUAAUCCGCAGCCUCCUGGACCACCCGGCCCUGGAGGAGCUGGACCUGUCGCACAACCUCAUCGGGGACCGGGGCGCGCGCGCCGCCGCCAAGCUGCUGAGCCACAGCCGCCUGCGCGUGCUCAACCUCGCCAACAACCAGGUGCGCGCGCCCGGCGCCCAUUCGCUGGCUCACGCCCUGGGGCACAACAGCAACCUCAUCUCCCUCAACCUGCGCCUCAACUGCAUCGAGGAUGAGGGCGGCCAGGCGCUCGCCCACGCUCUGCAUACCAACAAGUGCCUCACCACGCUGCACCUGGGGGGCAAUGAGCUGUCCGAGCCCACCGCGACCCUCCUGUCCCAGGUGCUCACCAUCAACACCACGCUCACCAGCAUCAACCUGUCCUGCAACCACAUCGGGCUGGAUGGCGGGAAGCAGCUCCUGGAAGGCAUGUCAGACAACAAGACCCUCCUGGAGUUUGAUUUGCGCCUGUCAGACAUCGCCAAGGAGAGCGAGUACCUCAUCGGCCAGGCCCUCUGUGCCAACCGUGAAGCAGCCCGCCAGCGGGCCCUGAAUCCCAGCCACUUCAUGUCCCCAGUCACUGCCAAGGGCCCUGAGAAUCCUGUGGGAUAAGAUGGGAACAGGGCUGGGGCGGUGACCAGACCUAGGUCACCGCCCCAACCCCAUCCCUCAUUUCAUGCCCCUGCCAUGCCUGCUCUUGAGAGUCACCCUGGUCCCAAGGGAGGGGGAGGUGAGACCAAGACUAUCCUGGGGGUGAGCAACUGAGGUUCUGCAGGGAUCUGUGAGGAGAGGAAGGAGUGUGGGAUAGAGGUAGGAAGUGGGACUUAGCCCUGGUACCUAGGGAGAGGAUAUGAAGGGACUCACUGAAAUGACUGACUUCUCCCAAGAAUAUGGAAAGCCGACCCUGAGACUGUGAGGCCCAGACUCUCCCACAGGGGCCAUCCAUCUCCCCAACCACCCUCCUCCCCACCAUUGUUCUCUCUACCAAACAGAUCCUUGACCUCUUGACCUUCAAACACACUCACACUCUCUCCUCCUCCCCCGGCUUCAGCAGAGCUCUGCCUGGCUCUUCCACCCUCACCGCUGCAGAUGCCACCUCCCUCUUACUUGACUCUGCUUAAGUCUUCCAGUUCUGCAGGGCAUGCCAGCCCUAGUCCACCCCACCCCAACCUGGGCAGGAGGAAACAGAGGUGACGGGAGGGGCUCAGACCCGGCGGCCUCCCCAAAGAGCUGCUCACAGGACUGGGAGAUGGUGAGAGAGGUGUGACCCUGGGAGGGAAGUCAGUGAGUCAUCCGCAACUUUAUUAUCCACCAGUUUGAUUUAUACAAUCUUUGCGCUUGGAAAUCCACAACAGAAAGGCCACAGUGUGAUGCACCCAGUUGACAGAGACCUGUCUUCUCCCCAGCCAGGCCCAGCCCACCCCACAAGCCCUUGUCCCAGGACACAUGAAACCUUCCAGGCACCCUCCAAGAGUCCCCAUCACUCUACGACCACCCGCCCUGGGGCCACACCCACAGGAAUCACAUCUCCCCACGAGGCCAUGAGAGGAUCUGCCCGAUGGACUCAGGCUGAGCCCCAGGGCCCAUCCUCCACAGACUGAACCCCCAGCCAUGUUUCCAAAGGCUGGGUCACAGGCUGCAACCACAGCCUAGGAGCGCUUUCCAGGGACUCCUUCCAACAAGCAGGCACGGAGCAGAGCACCAAAGGGGGCUUGGGAGUGACCACACGUGUGUGCCUGUCUGGGCAACUUCAAGUCUGUCUGUGCCUGACACCCUCUGACAGUUCCGGAGUGCAAACUUAUAGGUGUGAGGGUGUGUGUGAGUGUGUGAGUGUACAUAGCCACAGCUGCUAGCAGAGGUUCUAAUUAGAGAAACAAGAACAUUCAGUGUAAAGUUUAAUUUUAGAGAUUAAUUUUUCUGGUUUUCGUUUUCCCUGGCAAUCAAUAAAGCUACCAAGAAAAUAGA